GCGAGGGAAACGUGCUACGGAAGGGAGAGAGAGGUGUCAGGAAGGAAGGAGAGAAAAUGUAUAUAAGUGACUUCAAGUGAAGACGCUCCAAUGGACUCUCUCUUUGACCCUGGUCAAGUGCGCAUCUUUCCUCCCAUUUUUUCUUUUCGUCCCACCUCCCUUCCCAUGCAUGAUCGUGCCGUUUCGAUCCUGCGUCCUUCCACUACAACCUUCACCUUCACGCGGCGAGGAAGAGAACCGGGUUCUCGCGCUCGUUCGAUCGCAUUACGCGCUGUGAUGUUGGCACAAGGCUGAAAGCUAGCGGGAAUUCAAUUUGCUUUAGAAGAAACACAGAGUGUGAUUUUAGUUUCGCGUGCAUGUGAUAUGUUCCUGGUGAAAAGAUCCUGAUUAUAGGAGAGAUGGAUACUCGAAGAAUUUGUCUGUUGUUACACUUACUGCUGCUGAUCUGCAUAGUCAACGCGAUUACCAUCCAAAAUGGUUGGAGCAAACCGAGUAACAUUCGACGCGUUCGCAAAAUUAGCGAGUAUCUUGUUCCACCGCCACUGCCAAGGUUUCCACCGAACAGAAUCCCAAGAGUGGCAAACUUUCAUGCAACCGAGAAACCAGGCUACUUCAUGCGCUUCAUGAAUUGGUUGAAUCCCUUUAGUUCCGAUUCUUCACAAUCGCCGCCCCCGCUGCAGCAGGAACCCCUUUAUCCACCGAAGGUCGUUCAAACUCCUUUGUCACCCGCGGCAACCUACAACGGUCCUCCCCCCGUGAUUUAUGAGAAACCACCUCUUCCCCCGUCCUUGAACGAUCAAUCGGCAUAUCCUACCUCAAUCAAAGCUAGGAGUUGCAAUUCUUGCAACAAAGUUCCCUGGAUGCCGAUGCAACAUGCUGAUUCGGGAGAUCACGCUUCAUACGUACCACCACCACAAGCGCUUGUAUCGAAUGACGGAUACGUGUCUGAAACUCAACAAGUACCUUAUGACGCUUAUCAUGCUGCCUCGCAAGAAAUUAGAGUUCCGGACUACGCUUUCAAUGCGCCAUUGCCCUCUGAUAAACCGGUGCCAAAUCCGUUUCAUUUAUAUCCUGGAGCGAUGCCGCCACUUUUCGACGCAAGCAAUUUUUCUGAACAAUUCGUUCUCAAUGAAAAUUAUAAUAAAUUGCCAACAUCAGUUUCUGGGAAUAGUGUUUCUACAGGUCCUUCGGGUGGAGAAAUAUCUCAAAAACCAUACACUCCUCCUAUUUCGGAUUAUCCAGUUUCAGGGACAUUGAAUAACGAAGAACAUUAUGACGUAACGGGAUCAAGUGGAAAUUCCGAUCUAAAUUGGGAGUCAAACUAUAACAAUCAUAAAAAUAACUAUCUGCCCACCACCACUAACGCCGCCGAGAACCCUCUUGAAUCUGUGUCCAAUUUAGACCUAUCCAUUGGACUGUUUAAAGAUUCAAAUUUUGAAAUAGCACCGGUGAUAGAUUUCACGUCGAAGAAUGAAAAUUGGACACACACGUCUUCGGUACCGUCGAACUCUAAUGCGUUUACGGACUCUAAGAGAGAUGAGAUCACGACAGAGCCUAGCGAUAGGUAUUUCAAGACACGUCCAAGCAUCGCUUCAACGGAAUCUUAUCUCCCUACGAAUUUCAAAACGACGACUGCUGCUGUGAGGUAUAAUAUUGCUCCCGACGAAGACGAUGUAUGGAUAGAUGAUUAUUCUCCAGAAAGAGAACCGAAGAAACAGGUACAGGUCAUAAUUCCCUACACAUCUCAGCAUACACCAUUACCCUUCAAACCACAAUCAUUCCACGAGAGAAAGAUUUCUAACACUAAUGAAUCCAAUUAUCGUGACGAUUAUGUCGGUGAAGCAUCAAAUGUCAGAACCGAAGUGGUUAGGCCUCCAAACUCGUCACACGUCCAAUCUCAAACUACUGUGGCGAUGUCCGAAAGUACCACCAAUAAAUCAUUUAGAAAGGACAAUGUCAUAGAUGGAUUUAGAUUGCAAAAGAAUAUCGACAAUUGGACGAUACAGGCAUAUUCACAGGCCACGACCGUUAGUACAGAGAGAGCAUCGACUCCUUCUGCCUCGAAUAAACCGUAUCUUUCCGGUUCAUCGAAACAGAUACCUAACGAAUACUUGACAACAACCGAUGUAACUAAUUCUCAUAAUUCUAAGACUUUUACUUUGGGCGGAUUCAGCUUCAUUGAUCAAGAAUAUAAAGAUUCGACCAGCAACCAUAAGGAAGGACCACGAAUAAAGGUAAAAGAAAUUGAAAAGUCCUCGACUGAAAAUCCAACCGGUGCUCCCAUCGUGCCCACGGAGAACACGUGGCAAAAAUUUCCCUUAGGAAUUUCUUCGGUGAACAAAGAAUUUGUCUACAUAGUGACGCCUGAGCCAAUUGUAUCUACUCCUAGAUCAAAUACCGAAUACAGAAAAUUAAAAGCAUUAAAAGAUGCAGAAAGAAACAAGAAGGAAUCAAAGGAAAUUUCUCAAACGGAUAUAAAAAAAACGGAGAAGUCUGAUACAUUCGAUUCGAUCGAGAAAGCCUAUCAAGUGCUGCCUCAGGCUGUGAACAAUUUGGCUGUGGCUUCUACAGGCCCAGAAAGCGUUUCUUUGUGGAGCAUUAUGGAGCACGAGGAGUUUGCGUCGCCUGCCGAUGAAUACGAUAACAACGACACUGAAUCUCCUACGUUGUAUUCUAAACUCUCAAAGGAGUCACGUGCCAAACGAUGACGCAUCAAGUGUAGAAAAUGCUCAAGACAAUUUUUUAUGCAUGUGUAGACGAUUUUGAUAAUGUGUUUUCGUGAACAAGAUGAGCGAUUGUGAACUGGUAUAUUAAACUAGUGUUCUUCGACCUCAUUCCCAAAUAAACUUUUUAACUUCAUAAUAUUUAAUACAAAUAGGUGAACUCUUCUGAGUAUUCUACGUAUGUGCGUAAGUGAUUAUUGUGGCCAGUGCACCGGAUAAAUAUAUUUUGUAGUCCGGAUGUAUGUGUUUUUAUAAGUUUUAUCGUAAGUCUUUUUUAUAUAUUUAAUAAGUUUAAAAGUAAGAUAGAAAACUAUAAGAAACUAAAGAUAUGAUGUAUAUUUGCAUUAUAUUAUCACAUCACAAUUUUCAAAGUUGACGAUUAUUCAAAUUCUCGUAAAUAAACAUUUUAAGUUUAAAAUUUGAAUUUUUA